GCUCGGGAAUGUCUGACCAGACGUCGUGUCUUAAGCGGAACGCUACCGACCCCAAUCAUUGUGGGAGAUUUGCCUUUGAUGGCCAAUAAUCAAAGUUCAAGAUUCAGUUUCAUAUUUUGAAACUGCUGGGUGGACACCAAUUUACUUGAUACCCAAUGAAUCCCCGUGUUUACAAUAUCACCACAGUACCCGUUUUACUUUAUUCAAAAGUGCCUCUAUUGUGACAGGAACAGCGAAAAAAGUGUAGAUGUUUGGAGAGAGAAAACAUUUCGGUUCGUUAACAUUUCAUCGGCAUGUAACCUAAACCUGGCAAUGUUACUUAUAUUCAUAGCAGGCAACCUUUCGUUCAAUUAGUGUAACAUCCCCCAGGGCUUUGCUGAGAACCAUGCUUGUUCCAGUGUUCAGCCUCAAGUUAAACCACAGAAUCAACCCUCGAAUGGUGACUGUGGGAAAAUAUGAUGGCAUACAUCCCUGCUUGACCGCUGCAACACAGGCUGGAAAGGUUUUUAUCCACAACCCCCAUAUCCGUAGCCAGCGAGUUGUUGCCAAUCAUUUAUUGCAAGGUGGCCUGGAUUCCGACACCUACCUCCUGAAUAUAAACCAGAAUGUCAGCUGUCUAACUGCAGGAAUACUUAAUCCCACACUCGGCCAUGACACGUUGCUUGUAGGCACACAGACUAACCUACUGGCAUAUGAUGUACAUAACAACUCAGAUGUUUUCUAUAAGGAGGUUGCAGAUGGUGCCAAUGCAGUGGUACUUGGGCAGCUGGGGGACAUAUCCUGUCCAUUGGCAAUAAUUGGAGGGAACUGCACACUCCAAGGUUUCGAUAAAGAAGGAAAUGAUCUUUUCUGGACGGUCACGGGGGAUAAUGUUCGGUCACUGGCUCUCUGUGAUUUUGAUGGUGAUGGGAAGAAGGAGCUUCUGGCUGGCUCGGAGGACUUUGACAUCAGGGUCUUCAAAAAUGCUGAAAUUGUGGCAGAAAUGUCAGAAACAGAAAUAAUCACAGCCCUGUGCCACAUGCAUGGAAGCCGAUUUGGAUAUGCCCUGGCAAAUGGCACUGUCGGAGUGUACGACCGGGCUACUCGCUACUGGAGAAUUAAGUCUAAAAAUCAUGCCAUGAGUAUUCAUGCUUUUGACUUGAACUCAGAUGGUGUUUGUGAAUUGAUCACAGGCUGGUCAAAUGGGAAGAUUGACGCACGUAGUGACCGCACUGGUGAGGUCAUCUUCAAGGAUAACUUCACUUCCUCUGUUGCCGGAAUAGUGGAGGAGGAUUACAGGAUGGAUGGACAGACGCAGCUCAUCUGCUGUUCAACAGAAGGAGAAGUUCGAGGCUAUCUGCCUGCCAGUUGGGAGAUGAAAGGAAACUUGAUGGACACUAAUGCUGAACAAGACUUAAUCCGUGAACUGAGUCAACGGAAACAGAACCUAUUGCUUGAACUGCGUAACUAUGAGGAAAAUUCAAAGGUUGCAUUAAAUGCCCUUGGAGGAGACGGGGAUGGGCAAAUGGGCAUUAUUCCAGCUAACACACAACUGCAGACAGGCUUGUCUGUUAACAUGGGCACUGCUAACCAAAGCCCUCAUGUGGAGUUGAACAUUUCUACAUUCAAUGACACCAUCAUUCGGGCUGUACUUAUCUUCGCUGAGGGUAUAUUUAAUGGAGAGUCUCAUGUGGUUCAUCCCAGUGCACACAAUCUCUCUGGACAAAUCCAAGUUCCCAUCAUUCCACCCAAAGAUGUACCAGUGGACCUGCACAUUAAGGCUUUUGUGGGCUAUAGAAACAGCAUACAGUUCCACGUGUUUGAACUGACAAGACAGCUGCCACGAUUCUCAAUGUAUGCACUACGUACUCCAGGAACUGCUCCCGAAACUCAGAGCUAUGUCACCUUCACAAUCAGUGAUCGUAUGCAAAGGGUAGUAAUGUGGAUGAAUCAGAACUUCCUCUUAGCUGAAGAUAUUGAGUGUCCAAAUGCGCCAUUGGAAGUCUGUUUCAUGUCCCUGAGAGAUGGUGGGCAGCUGAGUAUUAGAAUGAAUAUGAAUGGAGAGAUCACCAUUAGAACAGAGGAUAUUGACCUGACUGGUGAAAUCAUCCAAUCUUUGGCAUUGUUUCUAGUCAUUGAAGACCUCCAGGUAGAAGCAGACUUUCCUGAUUACUUUGAAGAGCUGCACCAAAUACUUGUUCAGUUAGAUGGUUAUCAUUCCGUGCACCAAAAGCUCACUGCAGAGAUGGCCGACCAUUCCAAUCUGGUCCGUAGCUUACUGAUUCGGGCAGAAGAUUCUCGUCUAAUGGGAGACGUGACAAAUAUGAAGAAGGGAUAUAUGGAACUUUACGAUUUAAAUCGAGACUUGGUAAAUGGUUACAAGAUUCGGUGUAACAACCACACAGAGCUUCUGAGCUGUCUACGAGCAGUAAAUCAGGCGAUCCAGAGGGCGGGACGCCUGCGAGUUGGGAAACCCAAAACCCAGGUGGUGUCUGCAUGCCGAGAUGCCAUAAAAAAUAAUAACAUCAAUGCACUUUUCAAAAUCAUUCGUGCUGGCAGCACCUCAUCCUGAAAAGGUCAGAGGUCACAACUAAACAGACAGAAGAGCUCGAGUUUGUUCAUAAAGAGCAACGACGCCGAGAGGUUACAAAUGUGCUGAACUGAGCUUGUCUCAUCUCCAAGCCACUGUGAACAGAUCCAGUUGGAUUGCCUGGGGUGCCCCAACUAUAAACAUCUUAUUUUAGAUAUCAUGGGAUCAGGGAGUCAAGUAUGCAAUUCAACCGUGUCUUAAAGGAGCACUAGGAUUUAAAAUGUACCAUUGAAUGUUUAUAGAUUGAAUUUAUUGAUAGAGUGAUUUACUUUGUACAUCUCUCCACCCAGUUGAACUCGCCCUUGUCACCACUGGGUUAACCUAAUAGAUUAUUCAAAACGAAGAGCUUAUACUAUCAUGUGGUCAGUGUCAGAAGACUAGCUUUGAAAGUGAAAAUUCUAGCCAAAUAUGUUCUUUAUUUCAUAAUGCUUCUGGAGCAGCAGAUGGCAACACUGCAUCAUAUUUAAUGUUUCUGAAGAUUAUUUCUUAUCAAUACCAAUUUACAUUAUAAGAGUUAUAUACUUCCAGAAAAACAACUGAAAUCAACCACGUUUACAAACUCUUCAAAGCUUUAUAAAUUGAAGUAAACUAACAUUGUCUAUUUAGUAUUAACUGCAGAAUCUCCAGAAGCCAUGUGUUAACCUCCAUUAUACAGAAUAUAUUCUGAUAAUUCAGAUCUAUUCGUGUUGGCUUCAGCAUGUCCAAUGUUCACCAUUAGUUUAAAUGUUCCCUUCGGUCUGCUAAACCUCGCCUCUAUGUCAUAAUUCCAUGACACAUUUUUAUUUCUUCCAGGCUGUUAACCAAAUAUUGCAAAUACUACCCCUUAACAACCCAUAUUUUAUGAACCUUGAUCACUUCCAACAAAUUCCCACCAAACAUUCCAAAUCCGUUCUGUUCACUUCGAACUACUCUUAUUCAUAUUCCAUUUCAUACUCCAACUACUAUCAUGCCAAUUCCAGUCUGCUGUACUCCAUGUCAAAUUUAUAGCUACUGUUACUAUUUGCUACCCACUUACAUAUUUUCGGUAUCCCAUGGUCACUACAUUACCUUUGUACAUGUAUUGAUUCCUAGAUGCUGCAAAUACCUCCGUAGUCCAUGUAGACAAAUGCCCCCCAGCACCCACCAUUCAUUGCUCAAAAGUUCACUACGUCCACCCACACCCACCCCGACCAAUAGCCUUAAAGAGUUCAACCUCCAACAUCUUUUUAGAUGUUGCUUUUCCUUCAUUAUUUAUUAAUAAGCUACAACAGGUUUCAAACAUCCUAAAAUCAUGGGAAGCACUAUAUAAAUGCUUUUUGUCCUUUUGUUUUACUUCCAAAGAACAAUAACUCCAUUUUUGAUCCCUACCAAAGGAAGAAUUUACUUGCCUUGCAGAUGAUUAAUCAGAAUAAUUCCCAGGAUGAAAGACUCCUCUGAAGUGAAACCAUUAGGAUGGGCAUUUUUUCUAACCUCGUCAUAACCCCUAAUAGGGCUGGACUAUGGAUACUGACAAAUUGAAUGUCUUGAGAAUCUACUUUCCAGAAUUUUCAAUCACAUGAUUUUAGAUUGGUUACUUGAGGACAAAUGUUGUUAUGUGGAAGAUUCUGGAACUCUGGACACCUAAAGGAUAUUGACAACACUGGGGAGUGGGCUGGAAAGGGAUGUUGAUGUUAAUGAUCAGCCAUGAUUUUGUUGGUAUGUAGGCUAGUGGGUCAAAUGGCCAAAAGGCAUUUCAUGAUCUUAAAUUGACAUGUUUCUAAUUUUAUUGCUGUUUUUCAGGUUGUAGAUAUUAUUUUCAUUAAAUUAUAAUAAAAGUCUUUGAUGGAA